CGGAAUUACAUGGAAAAAAGCUAGUGUUUCAAUUUUCAAGCUUUUGAGAAUUGAAAUGGAACAGUAACCAACCCUACAUUAUCAACAUUCCAAAUGAGUGCACCUCACACAAAAUUAUAGACUAAGUUGUGUUUAGAGAGCUUGAUAUUUAUUUAUAUUUUAUAUGGGUUCAUCAGAUCGACUCUUUAACAGGCAAAUAACUGUUCAUCAGAUUCUUGGAGGAGGUCUUGUUGCAGAUGUGAUGUUGUGGAGAAGUAGAAUUCGGACGGUGGGGAUUUUGAUGGCGGCUUUGGCUACUUGGGUGGUGUUUGAGAUAUCUUUUUACACCCUGUUAACAUUUGUUUCAACUGUGUUUUUGCUCCUUUUCACCAUUCUCUUUUUAUGGGCUAAAUCAGCUGCAAUUCUCAACAGAUCUGCUCCGCCUCUACCACAUCUGCGUCUCUCAGAACAGACGGCGAAUGAGGCAGCAGCUUUCAUUCGCGAUCAAAUAAACACGAUGCUCUCUGUCUCUGAGGAUAUUGCUUAUGGAAGGGAUUCAAGAAUGUUUGUAAAAGUUGGUCUUAUGCUGUUGUUGAUCUCUGUAGUAGGGAGUCUCACUGACUUGGUCACCUUGAGCUACAUUUGCCUUGUAGUGCUUCUUACAGUUCCACCAAUUUAUGAAAGAUAUGAAGACCUUAUCGACGUGUAUGCUCUACUUUGGUUUGGGAAGCUGCACCAAUUUUAUGUAAGUUUUGAUGAAGAAUGCAUCACCAACUUCCACAAAUGGAUUUUGGAGAUGAAAAAGUUAACUUGAUGGCUAUUAACCAUUCAAUUUCUUUUAUAUAGAACUUUUUACCUUUUCUUGGUUUGAUUGUACUAGUUUAAACUCAAACUACUGUCAAAAACAAUAGUCAAUCACAAUGUAGUUGAAUGUGGUGAGGCACUUUUCCUCGAA